AUGUCGGCGUCAAGGUUGAAUGUCCUGGUAUAUACAGGACCCGGCACCACCGUCGAAUCCGUCAAACACUGCCUCUACACCCUCCGCCGCCUCCUCGCCCCCAACUACGCCGUAACCCCCUUCAGCGAAAACGCUCUCCUCAAAGAACCCUGGCAACCUACCUGCGCCCUUCUCGUCUUUCCCGGCGGCGCGGACCUCGGCUUCUGCAGCGUGCUCAACGGCGCCGGAAACCGUCGCAUUACCGAGUACGUGCGUCGCGGAGGCCGGUAUCUCGGCUUUUGUGCGGGGGGUUACUACGGGAGCGGGAGGUGCGAGUUUGAGGUCGGGGACAAGAAGCUGGAGGUCGUGGGGAGGAGGGAACUCGCUUUCUUUCCUGGGACGUGUCGAGGCGGUGCGUUUAAGGGGUUUCAGUAUCAUAGCGAGGCUGGCGCGAGGGCUGCGAGGGUUUCUGUUGCGAGGGAUGUACUGAGUCUCGAGAGUGAAGUAAAUGGCGACAUUUCUGUGUACUACAAUGGAGGAGGUGUGUUUGUCGAUGCUGAGACGAUGAAGGACGAAGGUGUGGAGGUCUUGGCGAGUUACUCCGAUGAGCUGGACGUGGACGGAGGCAAAGGGAAAGCGGCAGUGGUAUACUGCAAAGUUGCAGAGGGAGCCUCCAUUCUCACAGGGCCUCAUCCCGAAUUUGCGCCGGCCAACCUCUCUCCACAGCCCAGCAUCCCAGGCUACGACGAACUGCUCAACGAAAUAACAUCCCACAACGAACAACGCGCCAAGUUCCUCCGCGCCUGCCUCACCAAGCUAGGCCUCAACGUCGACGAAACGCUAGCCAUGAUCCCGUCUCUUUCAAGUCUUCAUCUUUCGGCGCUGAGACCGUCGGAGGUCGACGAGAUGCUGCAUGACUGGGAAGAAAUCAUCACGCGUGAUGAGAAAGGGGAGGAGUUUAUCAAGGCUGAGAGCGAUAGCUUCCAUAUCGAGAAGAAGGAUUCUCGGUGGGACCAUGCGCAUCCCCCAGUCGACUCUGAGAGCGACGGAACAACGAGCGGGAUUACGGAUUACACGAGUAUUGUGAAGAAGCUUAUUCCCCACGAGGAAUCGUGGCCGGAUGUCAAGGAAACGCCGAAUUUCCACCACAGCCUGUUUUAUCAGAGCCUAGUGUCUUACCGACGCACGGAGCUAGGGGCGGAGGAGUGGGGGAAUCAGAUUAUGUAUGGAGAAGUGGUGACGAGUACAAACACAUUGCUCGAGAAGAAUACCACGCUCCUCUCCAAGCUCCCGACAGGCUUCACCCUCAUCGCCACGACCCAAGUAGCCGGUCGCGGGCGAGGUUCCAACGUCUGGAUUGCUCCCCCCGGUUGCCUCAUCAUGUCCACCGUCAUCAACCACCCCGCCCAUCUCGCUGCCUCUCGCCCCAUUGUCUUCCUCCAAUACCUCGCCGCCAUCGCCACUGUGGAAGGCGUCCGCAGCUAUGGGCCCGGCUGCCAAGACCUCCCUUUGAAAAUCAAGUGGCCUAACGACGUCUAUGCCCAGGACCCCCGAAGUCCGCCUUCCUCCCCUAGAUACGUCAAAAUCUGCGGCAUCCUCGCCAACUGCUCCUACACCUCCGGCUCCUACCAAAUCGUUCUCGGCAUCGGCGUAAACACCAACAAUGGCCGACCCACGAUCGACCUAGACUCCCUCCUACCCGCCGAUGGCUCUGUGGCCCCUUUCCGCAUCGAGAAACUCAUCGCACGCAUCCUAACGGUACUCGAAGCCCUGUAUGCCGAGUUCAAGAGGGACGGGUUCGGGGAGAGGUUGGAGAAGAGGUACUACAGGCACUGGUUGCAUUCGGGCCAGAAGGUGACGCUGGAGGCGGAGGGAGGGGUGAGGGCGAGGGUGCUGGGGAUUACGAGGGAUUGGGGCAUGUUGAGGGCGGAGGAGUUGGAUGGGGAGGGGAGGGCGACGGGGAGGGUUUGGGCUUUGCAGAGUGAUGAGAAUAGUUUUGAUUAUUGGAAGGGGUUGGUGAAGAGGAGGGUGUAG